AUGAUGGCGAUGCGUAGCUCGUUUCUCCUAGCUCCACGACUCAUCAGACCUCUGGCCAUUAGCAAACAAUGUGUGCGAUGCUUCCAUAAACACUCCUCUACGCCUUCUGUGCCUUCGCCAACACCAUUCGUCCCCGACGUCGAAACAUUUCUUACGUUGAUUGGCCGUGGCAUGACUAAACAUGCAAGCAAGCUUCCUUCAUGGGAGAAGCUGUUUACUCUUAGCUCUACUGAGCUCCGAGAUAUUGGCAUUGAGCCGACUCGUCAACGGCGUUACCUGCUCCGGAAAAGGGAGAAAUUCAGAAACGGAGUCUUUGGGCCGGGUGGUGACCUAGAACAUGUUGUUGAUGGUACAGCCCAAUUGCGCGUAGUUGAGGUUCCAUUGGCGCCAAGGGAUACACCAACGGACAAUCAAGCCUCAGGCACCUCCACCUCAUCGGCGACGCUCUCUCCAGGUAUGAGGAAAGUGAUUGUCAACCUACCACCUGAUGCUUCCGAGUAUACACACGACCCAUCGAAACCACUCAAAAAGUUCGCGCACAUGAAGAUCCAUCGUGGCUCCAUGCUUAGCGGGCCAUUCUUACAACCAAUCAAAGGCACAGAUAAUUGCGCAGCUCUAAUAAAAGUCCAGGAUGGCAUGUGGGAGGACAAGUUGGGACACAAGGUGGAUGGUGGUGAAAGGAGACGUGCCGAGGUUAGGGCUAGAAAGAGGAGUGAGGAAAGGAGGAAGGGGACAGCAUAA